CUGCCCGCAAUUUUUCCCCCUGGCGAACACACCAAGCCAUGUAGAGAUCCGUCCAGAUUCCGGCGAAAAUCCGAUCCACUUCCCAUGGCGUCCUCCUCCUACAGGGACCGGACGUCGGAGUUCCGCUCCCUCACCGAAACCCUCCAGAAGAUCGGCGGAGCCCCCGCCGCCGUCAAUCCGCCGGAGGCCCGCGCCGGCGCGCCGAGCGAUGCGUCCCCGGCCUCCGCCAGAUCCGAGUUCAACAAGAGAGCCGCUCGGAUCGGGCUGGGCAUCAGCGAGACCUCGCAGAAGAUCGCCAGGCUCGCCAAAUUGGCAAAAAGGUCAUCUAUGUUUGAUGACCCCACAGUCGAAAUACAACAACUGACUUCAUUGAUUAAGGAUGACAUCACAGCACUAAACAUCGCCCUUCAAGAUUUGCAGACCCUUCAAAAUAUUGAAAUGAGUGGCGGCAACUAUUCAGAAGAUAGAGCUGUCCAUUCAACCACUGUUUGUGAUGACCUGAAAAGCAAACUUAUGGGAACUACAAAACACCUCCAGGAUGUUUUGAAAACAAGAACUCAGAAUAUCAAGGCUCAUGAAAACCGGAGACAGAUGUUCUCUGCCAAUGCAUCAAGAGAAAACCAUUUUAAGCAGCAUACUAAGCCUGUGACUGAGCCUCCUCCUUGGUCAAGUGCAUCCAAUGAAUCUGGAAGUCCACCCCAAGCAGCAUUGCCUUCAAAUGGAUCUCAAGUUGGCAACCAAUUGAGACGGAGAUUAGCAGUGGAUAAUAGUCCAUCCGACUCCAUGGAGAUGUCCAUGUUGCAGCAGGUGGUUCCUCAGCAAGAAAACUAUUCUCAAAGUCGUGCAACUGCUCUUCACAACGUGGAAUCCACAAUAUCUGAACUAGGCGGCAUAUUUACGCAUUUGGCUUCGAUGGUUGCACAGCAAGGCGAAGUGGCUAUUAGGAUUGACGACAAUAUGGAGGAGUCCUUGGUGAAUGUAGAAGGAGCUCGCAGCGCUUUGUUGAGGCAUCUCAAUCAAAUAUCAUCCAAUAGGUGGCUCAUGAUAAAGAUAUUUGCCAUCUUGAUAUUUUUCCUGAUGAUUUUCAUCUUCUUAAUUGCUUGAAUGUUGGUAUAGAAAUGUAAGUCAAUGAUGUAUAUAUACAUGCUCUCACUUUCAGCCA